AUGCCUCCGAGUGACAGUAAUAGGUAUAAUAAGAAACGCAAGAGGCCCUUGUAUGACCGACCUGGGUCUUCAUCACCCAUAUUAAAAUCCACAUCACCAUUAAAUGACACAUACAUCCCGGUACAGCUGCCGCAACAAACCUCAAUUCACUUAACCCAUAAAAACGCGAUUCUCCAAGCCCCUACUGCCAAGUCAUCAGUUGAUGAACAAAAAGUGAUUCAGUUUCUUUCCAAGAUUGAAGCUAAGCUGCAGCGAAUAUCCAAAAAUAGCGAAUCUCAGAUUUCAAUUGUGAUCAGCUCAUCAGAAGCAGAUAUAAUACUACGGCCCCUGUUGAAGCCUGUGCUGAAGCUGCUGCUGCUGCUGCUGCUGCAGGAGAGUUUAAAAGACAUAUUGCUUGGUCCUAGCUUUCAACUUCGUGAUAUUGUAAUUUCUAAGCAAAUUCCUGGCGCAAUCGAUAGAAUUCUUACAUUGUAUGGGACAUGUACAAGCAUUGCCUUGUCGGUCGCUUACAUAGUAUACCUUUUAAAUGCGAAAAUCAACAACUUGCAUCUGGAGGUAUUUACAUUGAAAUCAUCAAAUUACAAGCUUCAUUUGCUACUCAAAGAUGGCGCAGAGGCAGUGCAUGGAAUAAAAUAUUUGGACCUGGCACCAUUGACUUACCCUUUAUACGACCUUUUGGAAUCAAGAGCAGAAACGGAGGCUGGGACAGAGGCUGAGACAGGAUUAGAGACUCAAUCAAAAUCAGAAUCAAAAUCAAAAGCAGGAUUGGUUUUUGACGUGUUUCUUCAAGGCGAUUUGCAAGCAAUAUUUAACUUUGUAUUUGUUUGCUUUGAAAAGAAAUUAAUUGCAGACUGCAGCAAACAAAUUAUCAACCCUGCCUUUGGUAUUCAUCUUGACCCUGCUUUAAAAUCGCUGACUUCCGAGAACGAAGAACUCAAGAGAGAAUCACUGGAUAAACUACUCAAAUUUUUGUACUCUGACCUGAAAUUGAAAAAUAUACUUUAA